AUGACGUUAAACGUCUCCAUUCUGAUACUUCUACUAUCAGUGGUCAACGUCACCAUCACGUCACACUCGCUCAAUGCAACCUUGAAAACUUUCGACCCACGACUCCUAAACUCGACGGCCGAUCGAGACAUAGCUAUGCAGAAUGUGCCAUUGAUAAGACUGACCCGUCAUCUGUUGUCUCCGGAGAGAUAUGAUGUCAGAGUUAGGCCGAUUCUUGAUCACAAGAAAUCACUCAAAGUGCACAUCAGUAUAUCGUUGUAUCAGAUCAUUGAAGUGGACGAACCUUCCCAAAACAUCAAACUGAACGUGUGGAUGAUUCAAAAAUGGAAAGACGAGUAUCUAGACUGGAAUCCCAACGAAUUCGGCAUGAUCAACUCGACCAUCAUCCCCUUCCACCACCUAUGGAUCCCCGACACCUACCUCUACAACAGCGUGAAAAUGAGUCGAGACGAAACGGAAAGAUACAUGAAUAUCCAAGUGACAUCCAACUACUGGAAGGGCGAGAAGGGAUCCGAGUUGUCAUUUCUCUACCCGGCGAUUUACACAAUCACAUGUCGAUUGAACAUCAGAUUUUUCCCAUAUGACAGACAAAACUGUACCUUGACUAUCUCAAGUUGGACAAAUUCCAAAUCCGCUCUGGACUACUACGCGGACCCACAAUACAAAUACGCGUGUUGCGCGGAGCCAUGGGUAAUCCUUCAAGCGUCAUUGGUUAUUCAAAGGAAACCACUCUACUAUCUCGUCAACCUCAUCAUCCCCACAUCCAUCAUCACGUUGGUCGCUAUCACUGGAUUCUUCACACCGGCGUCGACAGACGAUGACCGAACGGAAAAAAUCAAUUUGGGAAUCACCACGCUACUUGCCAUGUCCAUUUUGAUGCUGAUGGUUUCUGAUCAAAUGCCGACGACUUCUGAGUUUGUCCCUCUUAUCGCAUGGUUCUACCUGUCUAUUAUCAUUAUCAUCUCUAUCGGAACUUUCCUAACAAGUGUGGUGCUCUCUGUGCAAGGCCGCCGUCAAUACGGAAGGAAUCCACCUCAAUUCAUUCGUUACAUAUUCUUCGUUAUCCUUCCUCAAAUCCUCCUUCUGAAUGUCCCACCACCACUUCAAACCCUGUGGGGAGAACUUGACGACGACCCGCUGAAUGUCAGAAGACGAAAGAAGUCGCAUUAUCUAACUCGAAACGUUCACAACGGCUCCACCAAAAUGCAAUCCCCAAUGUCGACAUUACGAGUACCCCCAUCUGCUGGAAGUCAGUCUGAAAAACGACAAUCCUUCCAGAUGAUUGAUGUAACAUCGCCAAACUCUCCAAACACCGCAAGAUCUCGUGCUCCAUCCCUUGCUCCGUCCACAGCAAAGGCCACAAUGUGGGAGGGUACAAUGUCGGCGUUGGCAGGUACAAAUACUCAAUUGAGAAGAACUUCGAACGUGUUCAACAAGGAGGUUGACGAGAUGCGACGGAAGCGGCAGUGCUCGUUGGAGUGGGAGUUUUUGGCGACUGUCUUGGAUCGAUUCCUGCUGAUAGUCUUCGUCGGCGCUGUUGUCAUCGUCACCGCCGGCCUGAUCCUUGUCGGCCGAAUGGCACAGUACAGUUACGACCACCCUGAUGAUCAAUUUUUCAAUGUCUAA